UGCACUCUGUGAAUUCUGUUCUCGCAGGAGAAGAUCAAGGCUAGGAUCGGGGGGGUGUCUGGGAGUCGUAUUGCCUACUCUAUUAGUAUUUCUGUAUUACCCUUUUCCUGGUUGACUCUGACCAGGUCAAAUCUGAGGCCUUGCACCCAGUGGGACCCAGUCCCAAUGGAUGUGGCCGAUCUGUCCAUGGGCCCGGCUGUGGGGCUGGGACGUGACAAACACAAUCAGCUAACCUCUCGCCAGCUAGUCCAGUACUACUUAGACCGGAUCCAGACCCUCAAUCCACUCCUCCGCGCAGUGAUCGAGGUCAACCCAGAUGCGCUCGACCAAGCCGAUAACGCCGAUUCGGAGAGGCAAACCGCGCAGCAGCGCCAGCUCUCUGGUUUGCACGGCAUUCCAAUCCUUCUCAAAGACAGUAUUGGUACCAAAGACCGGCUGAACACGACCGCCGGUUCGCUUGCGCUUCUUGGCUCGGUAGUACCGCGAGAUGCUGGAGUUGUUGAGAAGUUGAGGCAGAGUGGGGCUGUGAUUCUGGGCAAAGCUAGCUUGACUGAGUGGGCUAACUUUCGAUCAAGACGUGCUCCGAAUGGUUGGUGCGCUCGUAGCGGGCAAGGCCGGAACCCGUAUGUGCUGACUGCUGAUACCUGCUCGUCCAGCAGUGGCUCAGCUAUCGCAGCAGCAGCAGACUUGGCGACCGUGACACUGGGUACCGAGACCGAUGGCUCAAUCAUAUGCCCAUCGGCCAUGAAUUCAGUGGUUGGAAUCAAACCGACGGUUGGCCUCACCAGCCGCUCCGGUGUCAUUCUCAUCUCUUCUAGACAAGACACCAUUGGACCUAUUUGCCGGACGGUCUCGGACGCUGUGCAUGUUCUGGAUGCAAUCGUUGGGUAUGAUCCAAGAGACGCUGAGGCAACAAGGGAUGCGUCUGGGUACGUGCCUGCCGGUGGGUAUUUGCAGUUUCUCAGAGCUAGUGGGCUGGAGGGCAAGAGACUUGGAAUCCUUCGCAAAGGCUUCUUUGAUGCAUACCCGGAAGGAUCCAUACAAGCGCUGACAUUUGAGCAGCAUUUCACCACUUUGAGGGAAAAAGGAGCAAUCUUGGUGGAUGAUUUGGAAAUAGCAAAUGCUAGUACCGUUGUUGAUUUUAUGAACAAUGGUGAGUUUCUUGUGUUGCCAGCGGAGUUCAAACAGUCUUUGAAUGAGUACCUCUCUGAGUUGAUCUACUCCCCAGUGAGAUCUCUGGCUGACAUUAUAGACUUCAACAACAAACACAAAAGAGAGGAAAGGAUGGAGGAAAUUGGACAGUCGAUCUUGUUGUUGGCUGAGAGUACAAAAGGGAUUGGUCCAGUUGAGGAAAGAGCCAUUGAUAGAAUGAAUCAGUUAUCCAUGCAAGGACUUGAGAAACUUAUGAAAGAGAACAAGUUGGAUGGUAUUGUGACACCAGGUGCAAAGAUUGUUAGUGUUCUGGGCAUUGGUGGAUAUCCUGGGAUCAGUGUUCCUGCAGGCUAUGCAAGUGAUGGUGUUCCUUUUGGGAUUUGCUUUGCUGGUCUCAAGGGAUCAGAACCCACAUUGAUUGAGCUUGCUUAUGCUUUUGAGCAAGCAACCAAUGUCAGAGUUCCCCCUUCUUUUAAGCCAUCCUUCAUGUCAGUUUUGGAUGAUAUUGAUAGCCUCUGAAAUGUUUAUUGUUUCAUCUCUUUUUAAGACAAACACUUGUUUGUUGUCUGUUCUUGAAGCUUGAUGUGUUUGUUGUACUGUUGGUUUUAGUGGGAAAUGUACGGGAAACACUAAUUUGAA